AUGUGGGCAAUCCCGUUGUGGGCGUACGCCUUGGUGGUGGUGCUUUCGCUGGGUGUGAUUGUGGGCCUGCUGGGUUUGGUCUUCAAGCUGGCGAAGCCCUCCGAAGAUGAGAAUCGCCAGCAGGGUGCUCCUCGCGCCCCUACCGGCAAGGCCAAACGCGAGAAGAGGCAGGAGAAGGCAGCAAAGCAGAAGGUGUCCGACGAUGAGGCGGAAAAGGACGAGGAGGAGGAAGAGGAAGAGGAGGCACGACCCCAACGCAGGGGCGGUCUCGCCCGCAUGCAGGUCAGGCGCAGGGGCAAGCCUGCA